UAAUUUUCGAUCUGUGAAUUCCACACUUGUAACAGAUCGUUUUGUAGUUGUUGUACCAUUCGCAAUGGCAACUAAAUGUAAAUGUGUUGUUCUCAGUGUUUCCAAUAAACUUAAAAUGAUAGAUCAGUUGAAGAGUGAUGCUAGUGGAUCAAGCUUAGCUUGGGAAUAUGAAGUUGAAAAUGCUGCAAUAUUGGACAUUAAAAAGAACAGUGAUGCCAUUAAAAAAUUUGCAAGUGUACUUGACAGUGAAGAUGGAAGCUUGCACAGAAAAAUGAUGAAAAUGGCAGAAAACCAGAAUUUGGACACUGCAGUUUACACAUGGUUUAUGCAGGUACAUAGCCAAGGCAACCAAUAAGUGGCUCUUUGAUUUGUGAAAAAGCUCUUGAAAUGAACAAGA